AUGUUUGCCCAGACGUGCCAGUCGGGCUUCGUCUCGCUGCUCUACAGCAUCGGCCCUCGUCCGCUGCAGCUCUGGGAGAAACACGCGGGGGCGACGCCUGGAAAGAUCCGACGAGUGCUGGACGACGAGGUGCAGUCGGCUGUUGUGGAGCUCCUGGCGGACAAUCUCGUGCCCACGUGGAUCCGAUGUCCUGCAGCAGCAGCAGACGAAGAAGAAGAGGAAGAGCAGCAGCAGCAGCAGCAGCAACAGGCACAGCUUUCGACCACGUCGCUGCACAUUCGACUGCGCCACCUCGUGCUCGUGCUCAAGAAUCUCGGACAGCACUUGUCGCUCGAGGUGCAAACGGCCGACGAUCGGGGCACGCGACGGCGCUUCCGCUUCUCGACGUUCCAGUCCGAGACGGUCGUUCAUGCGCAGAUCGCACUGCUGCCGCUGCAGCUCGACGAAGGCUGGAACCAGCUCCAGCUCGACCUGGUCGACCUCGCGCGCCGUUGCUACAGUGCUCGAUACGCACACACGAUCAGUGUGCAGCUCCACGCGAGCUGUCGCGUGCGGCGGGUGUACUUUGCCGAGCACAUGGUCUCGGAAGCCGCGCUGCCCGCCGAGUUCCGUCUGUACAAGCGGCUCAGCGCACUGCAGACCCGGCGACUGCAGGAGCAAAGCUGUGGCCGCGCGCACCAGGAGCACCAGACGGAGGAGCAGUAG